AUGAGAUUCUCUCAGGGCUUGUCUUUCUUGGGGUUGGUCAGUGCGCUGGCGCACGGGCAGUCGGGUACACACGAACUGGAAAAACGCCAGGCGUUCGGGGCCCGUUUCAACGGAAACCCUUUCGUGCCUAUCUCGACUGCUGACCCCUUGGGCAUGUUUCCCCGACGAGAACACCCCGUCAAGCUGCCGCCAUUUGUCACUGGAAGCUCCCAUACACCCUUAGGGGCCGUUCCCACAAACAACUUCUACACCAACAUGCUGCUGGGCACCCGAACUCUUCCAGCAUACGUCUAUCCCUACAGCGUGUGGUGGUCAAAGGAGGAUGGCUUUUCGGGACUAGCAGUAUCCCACACUCGGCGCAGUCAACUUGUGUAUGGACCAGACCCGAAUCGAACUCCGACUCAAUUCUACUUCAACCCCUCCGGUAUCAUGUCUAUAGUCUUCAGCGCACGCGAGUUCUCCUCCACCAUCUCGAUGAGAAUGGACUCCCUGGACCACAUGAGUGUCAACGCCAAUACUCUCGAUGAAAGUGGUUCUCUCAAGAUGUGGACUCCCCUAGUCAGAGGUAUGGGUAUGGUCACUGCCAAGUACUACGGAGUGACUCCUGUCAUUGCUUCUCAGGUUGGUUUCGCUCGUGUCCAGCAAGAAACCUCUCUUCGCCUCGAUCUCCUCAAGUAUAGACUCAUUCUCAACAACGGAAUUACGUGGCUCAUGUACGUUACUGUCCCUCCGGGUGAGUCGAUCCACUUUACUCUCAGCAGCGGCAACCGUCUCGUCAGCACCAAUCGAGGCAACUUUGUGGUUCAGGUUGCUGCUCUGCCUGAUUCUUCUUCUGAGUAUGCCUUGGAUUCUGCGGCUGGAAGUUAUGCUGUGGGGGCUUCUGUCUCUGGUAACAUUGAUCAGGACGGUCUUCGUGGAUCUUACAGCAUCAACUUCAAGCAUGCCGGCUCGAGCAGAUGGGGCAAACCUUUGAUGUUCGCACUCGAACACCAAGUCCAGAGCAUGACAGACAGUAUGCUAUCCACUUGGACCAUGGCGACCCUCGACUCCCCUGCCAAGGGCCAGAUGCGUGGGUUCAUCACGGACAAAUUCACCAUGGUCGAGCCCUUGCUGCCUCGAGAUGUGGGAUAUCUCCCAAAGGCGAUUCUACCAAACUACAAGUCUCGCCUCGAUGAUGCCAAUGUUCGCGGCAUUAUCGCCAAUGCUGCCAACCAAGAGAUGCUACAGGAUAUCAACUCUCAGACCAAUCUCGAUUCCAUGUACUUCUCCGGCAAGGGUCUAGACAAAUUUGCCCAGCUUCUGGUGGUUCUGAACGAUGUUGUUGGAGACAAGGCACGUGCGCGCGAUCUUCUUGGCCGAUUGAAGAAUGCAUUUUCUGUGUUUGCCAAUAACAGACAGCAGAAUCCUCUUGCCUACGACACCGUCUGGAAGGGCAUAGUCUCUACUGCGGGUCUUGGUACGGACUCCACCGCUGAUUUCGGCAACUCUUACUACAAUGACCACCAUUUCCACUAUGGUUAUUUUGUCCAUGCCGCUGCUAUUAUCGCAAAGAUAGAUAAAGAGCUGGGGGACGGGAAAUGGCUCAGUCAGAAUCGACAGUGGGUCGAUAAUCUGGUCAGAGACUACGCUAACCCCAGUUCUCAGGAUAAGAGCUUUCCUAUCCAUCGUUCUUUCGACUGGUGGUCCGGUCAUUCGUGGGCAAAAGGCCUGUAUCUUAGUGCUGAUGGUAAGGAUGAAGAGUCUUCUUCUGAGGACUACCACUCGGUGUAUGCCAUCAAGCUCUGGGGUAAUUCCAGUGGUAACCAGGCAAUGGAGGCCCGUGCCAACCUUCAGCUGGCUAUAAUGAAGCGUGCCAUGAACACCUACUGGUACAUGAAGGACAACAACCGGAAUCAGCCCAUGAAAUUCAUCAAGAACAAGGUCCCUGGUAUUUCGUUUGAGAACAAGGCUGACCAUGCAACGUACUUUGGUAUGAACCCCGAGUACAUUAUUGGUAUCCAUGCUCUCCCCACUACUCCCAUUUCUGCAUACAUUCGAGACCCUGCGUUUGUCAGAGAGACAUGGGAUCAGCGGGUUGCAGGGUUCAUCAACUGGGUCGAUAGUGGGUGGAAAGGUACUCUUCAGCUAGAUCGAAGUAUCUUCGACCCCAAUGCUGCGUAUCAGUUUUUCACCCGGGGUUUCCAGUCUCGAUGGCUGGAUCCAGGCACUUCUCUCGCCUGGUCUCUUACCAUGGUUGCUGGGCUGGGAGGCCAGUAA